AUGGAAAGCUCUUGUUACGAGUAUGAAUCGAGUGUGAAAAAGAGAAAAAUUAGCGAAAGAGUGCCGAGAAACGCCGAUGGACUCUAUCAACCAUAUUAUAAAGAUGGAAAGAAAAUCACAGAGAUUGCCAGAUUUAAUCCAGCCGAGGUGUUCUUCGCGGGUUUUAUCCCUCCGGUUAUUGGUUCUGUCUCAGCAAUCGCCAUCGCUCUCAUCUUCCACAACGAUGAAAUCUCGAAUUAUAAUUGGCAAUGCGGACGCGCCCGCCUGCCGUCCCUUUCUCGAAUCAUCAAUCUACCCGUUGAGCGAACAUUUUGGCAACUUUUUCUUUUAUUCCACGUUCCCCUUCGUGUCAUCGAAUUGAUUACAGGAUUUAAUCGUUACAAGAAGCUGCGAAAUAUUCACUACAAGAGAGUCUGGUUUUACGAAUUUAUGAGACACGUUUAUCUGUAUGGAGGGCUGUUGGAGUUGUUGUUUUUAGCUGGAUUGUCGAUUAUCGGAGAAAGAGAGAAUAUCAGAAUGCACGUGAUUUUCUUCUAUGUUUUCGGCAUUUGUGGGAUCGUUUUCAUGAUAGCGAAUAUCUUAUGCCACAGUCAUUCACUCUACUAUUUCAAUCCAUACGGCCGUCUCUCCUACCGUUUGAAGAUCUUCUUCUGCUCUCUUUAUGUCCUCUCCGUACCUGUCCUUUUCGCUUCUUUCGUUCUCUACUGGAAAUUUUGUAUCACAUGGGCCUACGACAUCUUUGCGAUUUGCGAGUAUUCAGGCGUUUUUCUGAACAUUUUAUAUCAUGGAUGCGCUUUCUUUGACAUUCGACACAAGGUGACAUUCACCGUUCGAGUUGUUGAAAGAGUGAAGCGUUCCGACGAUUCUCUAUCAACCAUUUAUUCGAAUCAAAUGGAGACUUAUUUUGAUCGGAAUGACGAGAAGAAAAAGGAUGAACGGGGA